AUGGCCACCACAUCUCAUUUUCUCACCAUGAGAAUACAUUCACCAUCUUCUUCUUGUUCUUCUUUGAACAUGGCCAUCAAAUUCAAAACUACUCUAAUCCGCGACUUCAUAUUCUCGCACCUAUGUCGGUUUGCUAGCGCCUUCACUAAGGCCAAGUCCUUGGUCAUUGAACUACUCCUCAAAGAAAAGCAUCUCAAGAAUAAUAUCAACUUCUUUCAAGUGUCUAUCUUGAAAAGGAAAAAAAACAAAAACAAUGAUGUGUUCUUCGGUUCAUUUAGGUUGCACUACAAUUGGUGCUCGUCGUCGCAUGUAGUCCCAGUGACAUCACAAACUAUGCAUUAUGUGGAUCAUGCUGAGAUAGCACAAGAGUCUUCUUCCCAACUCUCCGGAUAUCUCCAAUGGCUUGAAGAUCAGAAGAACAAGCAGCUGGUUAUAAGUAAUAAUGAUGAGAGCAAUGAGAUAGAUCGUCUUGCCGACAAAUUCAUAGCAAAUUGUCACCAACAGUUUAUGUUGGAAAAGCAGGAGUCUUACAGGAGAUUUCAAGAAAUGAUGGCUAGAAGCUUGUGA